CUCGAACCCAGAGGCCCAGACUCAGAGUACUUGGCUCCAUUGCCUCACUGUUCCCCUGCCAGCACGAACCCACGACCUUCCCCAAACUCCAUCUCCCAAUAUGCUGCAAGCCCCCUUUCUGUCAGUCUGACUCUUGAGCUCCUGAGAAAUGUAGUUUUUAAGCAGCCCAGCCCCGAAAAGGUCCUAGCCAUGAACUACAGUUCCCAUGUGGCAAUGCGCGCGCCAUUCCGAAGGAAUUCACCACGGUCUCCAGUUUGCCAUGAUGGAUGCCAGAACCUGCACCUGGGGCUUAGUGAAACGGUGACUGAGAUGCUGGAGUCCCCGGUGAGGACGAUGCCGGGAGCGCCGUGUUUCCUCCUCCCUCUCCUCAGAUCGCCGCCGCUGUAGGGCUGUGGAGACGUCUCAAUGAAAGUGGAGCCGACAAAGGACCCUGGGAGCCGUGGUGACAGAGGGGCGACAACCACCAGAGGGAGCGAAGCAGAGCCGCCCAUAUUCCGGCAUGGAAACCUCGGGGCGGUCCCGGGCGAGAAGCGCACGCGCAAAAGCCGGGCCUCGAGGCCUUCGUAAACACCAAAGAGCGCCUGCGCAAGCCGAGCUUCUCGGGAUCGACACGUGGGGGCGCCAUAGCGAAGAUAACAGUAAUAAAUAGUAACCUAACGGUCCAGUCAUCGUUCUCUGGUCCUUUCUUUUAUGAUUUGCAAAGAAUGACCCUCCUCAUCGCCUCUCCUAAUUCAGUCCUCACAACAGUCGUUUUACAAAUGGGACAAUAGGUUAGAGGAAGUCGCACAGAGUCCCAGCAUCACAGAGGGUAAAGGGCCAGAGAAGGAUUAGGAUUCAAGGACUGGUGCCCAGGCUCUGCCUCCAGCUUGCCGUGCGACUUUGGGUAAUUUUGUUCCCUUGGACCUGAGCUUUCUCGUUUGUCAAUGGCGACAGGCUGUUGGGAACAUCAAGUGAGAUCCAGGGGUGAAAGCAGCUUAGUUUCAGGAAUUUACCCACGCAGUAUAUAAAGGUAAAAGAUUAUUAUAGUCGGAUGAUUGUAGAUUGAGGAACCCAUUUCCUCAUUCUGCAGAUUGCAAAACUGAGGGCCCCACGAGGGGCAGGGGCUUGCCCCAGGUCUCAGCAGUCUGUGAGCAAGAGAUAAAGCCUAAUCCUCCUGCCUUUGGGUCUGGAGCCCUUCCCUCUACUUCAGGGGUCAGUGUCUUUGUUGGAUAGGCUUAGGUAGACUGACUGUACCCUGAGAACCUAGGGGAGUCCCUGUUCCCAAUCCUUCUCCUACUUCCACCUUGACCUGAUGGAGGAAGACCCUGCUCUGUUGAGAUGACCACCAGAGGCAGGAAGCUGAGGAGGAUCUGGAGAAUUCUGGAGGAAGAGGAGAGUGUUGCUGGAGCUGUACAGAUUCUGCUUCUCAGGACAGUGGCCCAGGUCCCAGGAAGGUGGCGUCAGCAUCUGCAGCCGCGUCGACGUUGUCGGAGCCUCCGCGGAGGACCUAGGAAAGCCGGACUAGAACCAGGGCCCUGGGCCUCCCCACACUUCCCAUGGAGAAGCCGGCGGCCUCCACAGAGCCCCAGGGGCCUCGGCCGGUCCUGGGCCGAGAGAGUGUCCAGGUGCCCGAUGACCAAGACUUCCGCAGCUUCCGGUCAGAGUGUGAGGCCGAGGUGGGCUGGAACCUGACCUACAGCAAGGCUGGCGUGUCUGUGUGGGUGCAGGCUGUGGAGAUGGAUCGGACGCUGCACAAGAUCAAGUGCCGGAUGGAGUGCCGUGAUGUGCCAGCUGAGACACUCUAUGACGUCCUACACGACAUUGAGUACCGAAAGAAAUGGGACAGCAACGUCAUUGAGACUUUCGACAUCGCCCGCUUGACAGUCAACGCUGACGUGGGCUACUACUCCUGGAGGUGUCCCAAGCCCCUGAAGAACCGUGAUGUCAUCACCCUCCGCUCCUGGCUCCCCAUGGGCGCUGAUUACAUCAUUAUGAACUACUCAGUCAAACAUCCUAAAUACCCACCUCGGAAAGACUUGGUCCGAGCUGUGUCCAUCCAGACGGGCUACCUCAUCCAGAGCACGGGGCCCAAGAGCUGCGUCAUCACCUACCUGGCUCAGGUGGACCCCAAAGGCUCCUUACCCAAGUGGGUGGUGAAUAAAUCUUCUCAGUUCCUGGCUCCCAAGGCCAUGAAGAAGAUGUAUAAGGCGUGCCUCAAGUACCCCGAAUGGAAGCAGAAGCAUCUGCCUCACUUCAAGCCCUGGCUGCACCCGGAGCAGAGCCCGUUGCCCAGCCUGGCAUUGUCGGAGCUAUCAGUGCAGCAUGCGGACUCACUGGAGAACAUCGACGAGAGCACGGUGGCAGAGAGCCGAGAGGAGAGGAUGGGUGGCGCGGGUGGCGAGGGCAGUGACGACGACACCUCGCUCACCUGAGUGUGGCACCAAUGCAGGGACCGAGACAGGACCGGGCGAGCCCUCGGAUGGUGGCUGUUUCCGCGCUUUCUCCCCUCCCCCACCCGGUGCCUCCUGGUGGCACUGGGCUGAGCCCAGGUGGGCGCUGCAGCCUGGCUGGACACAGCCCCAAUAAACGAUCCCACAGCCUCA